GCCUCACCACACACCAGACAUGAAGCUCGCAAUCCUCGCCUGCCUGGCCGCCGUGGCCAUGGCCGCCCCUCAGCUCCAGCAAGGCCUCCCAGUAGUACAGGUCCUCCGUGAUGAACGUCAACAGGACGAUAAUGGCAACUUCAACUACGCCCUGGAGACUGACAACGGCAUCUACAUGGCAGCCUCCGGCGUCCAGGGCUCACAGGGACAGAUCAACAUUGAGGGCUCCUACAGACUCCCUGACAACGAAGGCGGCUUCCAAGAGGUCCGCUACGUCGCCAAUGAGUUCGGUGUCCAGGCCCAAUCCCCCCUGCUGCCCACUCCCCACCCACUCCCCGCCCACGUCCAGGAACUGCUCCGCAUCGCCGAGGAGCAGCGCGCUGCUGGCAUCACCUUCGAAUAAGCCAAAAAUAUUGAUCUCCCUCAACGACAAAGUCUCCUUAAAAAUAUACAUUGCCGCUGUUAUAUAUAAAAUGAUUCUGGUUGUAAUGCGAUUUUUUUAUGUUUAAUAAAUUACUAAGACGUCAA